AUGUGGUUGCUCAAGACCGUCUCUGCCGAGCUGAAGUUCUUCGCUAUACCAGAGCUUGUGCCCGGGGGCUACGCGAUCCUCUCCCACACGUGGGAUGAACACGAGGAUACCUUCCAGGAUGUUCAGGCGUUUCGUACAAUGUUUUCCGAUAAGAUCCGCAACUUCUGUAUCCUCGCAGAGGAAAAAGGGUACGAGUACGGAUGGGCCGACACAUGCUGCAUCGACAAGACCAGUAGCGCGGACCUUUCCGAAGCAAUUAACUCGAUGUAUCGCUACUACUCCCUCGCCGACGUCUGUUUCGCAUACCUGCGCGAUGUCCGGUCCAGCUCGAUUGAAGACCUCAAACGGCGUGGGUCCGAGUUUUGGAAGAGCAGAUGGCAUCGACGUGGGUGGACGCUGCAGGAGCUCAUCGCACCCGAGGUUGUCGUGUUCUUGUCGCAGAACUGGGAGAUAUUGGGGACGAAGGCAGACCUCGCGGAGGUGCUGGGGGACAUCACGAAGGUGCCGGUACCACUGCUGAAGUCGAAUGCGAACCUUGGUGACUACUCCAUCGCCGAUCGGAUGGCCUGGGGGGUGAAUCGGGAGACGACGCGUCUCGAGGACGAGGCGUACUCGUUGAUGGGAAUCUUCGGAAUCUUCAUGCCUCCGCUCUACGGCGAGGGCAGGAACGCGUUCUUCAGGCUCCAAGAGGAGAUCAUGAAACGCUUCCAAGAACCUUUGAUCUUCGCUUGGGGUCCUGUGCAUAAUCAGACGCACACGACCCAUGGCCAGGUACGUGCGAUAGCAAAACUGACUCCUUCCAAUCUAAUUCGUGAUUGCACAUAA